AUGGGUUGUAAGCUUAAAAUCUUACUAAUAUGGCUCAUCACUACCAACGUACUGUUCAACAUACCACCAAUAUCAUGCCAAGAGGCCACAACAGAAGCCACUACGGAAGAAACAACUGAAACCACAACUACAACAACAACUACUACUACCACAACUACCACAACCACGACAACCGCAGCAACCACCACAGUAAACACGGCUGAAACUACAGCUACAACAGUGUCUGGAGCUACUACAACAUCAGGUGGUACCACCACUUCUGGCGCCACUACGACGUUUGGUACUACGAUUACAGUACCGACAGUAACUGUACCUACAGUAACCAUACCUACUGUCCCUGGAGAAACAGCUUUAACAACUACUUCUAAGACAACCGCCGUUACUACAACAUCCAGCGGUACUACUGGUACUACUACCACUGGUGGUGAGACCAGCGCUACUACUGUAGCAAUAACGGAACCAGGUACUAACAUAACAUCGGUCACAUUAUUACCUGGUCAGAGUACCACUAAGAGCACCGGUAGCACUACUUUUAAUACUGGUAGUACUACAGUAAACACAGGCUCUACUACAGUUAAUACAGCUUCUACUACGAUAAACACUGGAUCUACUACAGCGAACACAGGGUCCACAACUGUCAAUACUGGAUCAACAACAGUUGGUACUGCUGGUACUGGCACCACCACGGCCAACACCGGCAGUACUACACAGUACACAGGAAGCACCACAGUAAACACAGGGUCCACUACGGUUAAUACCGGAAGCACCUCUCUGUACACAGGUAGUACCACUUUACCUACCCUACCCUACCCUAUCCUACCAUAUCAAACCCACUUUAUCUUACCCUAUUCUUCCCACUUCUACCGUUUAACCUACUUGACCCCACCUACUUUACAAGCACUGCUUUUCAAACCAAGUGCUAUCACUGUGUACCACCAGUACUACAUUUGUUAUGAUCAGUACCACUUUAACAAUAUAUAAAUCUCCUAACCCCGCAUUCUUUCAGGUAGCACCACAGUCAAUACUGCAAGCACAACAGCGUACACAGGCACAACAACCAUCAACACAGCCAGUACGACAGUUGCCACGACAAGUACCUCUGUAUCAACAGAAACAACCAGCGAGUUUACUGGGUCAACCACAACGCCUGGUACCACAACCCCCUACACUGGCACCACUACUGAAUUUACUGGGUCUACAACAACAGUUGGUACCACAACAGAAGUUAGUACCACACAGAACACCGGGAGUACUACUCAAAAUACCGGAAGUACCACUGAAAACACUGGGAGUACCACAGUAUUUACUGGGAGCACCACAGUAUUCACUGGGAGUACAACUGAGUUCACCGGCUCUACUACAACACCAGGUUCGACUACAGAAGCCGAAACCACAUCAGUUGGAUCUACUACACCAUACACAGGGAGUACUACCACUGGGACCACUGGUACCGGAAGUACAACCAUUGAAGAGAGUACAACUACAGGAGAAACCACCACCGAAGGUAGUACUACCACGCCUGGUUCUACUGUGGUGACUACGUCUGGAAGCACGGUAGAAACGCGUAAGUUUAUUUUGGGGUACUGUAUGGGUAUUGUAGUAUAAUAUUGCAAUGAAAAAUUAUGUUAAAAUGCUGAAUUGUGUACUUAGUAUACUGUAAUUUUAAAAAAAUACUGUACUUACCACAAGUUAAAAUAUAGCCACGACCGAGCUAGGCUCGUCUACUACUGCAGUAUCUACUACAUCACAUACUACGGCUGUGACUACCGCUCCAGUAACCUCCCUAACCUCUGUAACUACAGUAACGGCUGGUACAGGAACUGCUGUUACUACAACUCUGUCAGCGACCACUGGAGCAUGUACUACUAAAGCUGGAGCUGCUAGUACCACUGCUGCUUCUAGCUCUGUAAGUUUUUGUUUUACUUUGUAAUGAUACGACAAGCGGACCUGACUUGUCUUGCUUUGCCUUGCAAGGCCUUAACCUACCCUAUCCUACCUUGGCCUAACUCAGCUUAUUGUAGCUUAGCCUAAUCUAGUUUACCUUGUCCUACCCCCGUCGUAUCUUGCAUAUUAUAUAUUGUAAAACAUUACUUGUUACCUAAAUUUAAAAUAUUAUUAUAGAACGGUGAAUGCACGUUAUUUUCGAUCGACUCUUCGACAGAAACUUUCUUUCCAACCCCAAAUAAGACUACUUUUACAUCCGGAGAAUAUGUUCAAGUGUUUUGUUUGUAUGGUAAAGUGCACUACAAUGGUGAAACCAUCAUGCAGUUCAAUUGUACCAGCAGUGGAUGGGAUUCUACUGCUUCUGUUCUUACUUGUGCUAGUAAGUUGGCUUUAAAUAUAGCUAAAAGCAUACCUAAAAAUUCAAAAUUUCAUGUCUUUUAACGCUUUAAAUUCAAAAAAUAUACCUUUCAUCGUAUAAAAUGUCACCCGCAGCACGCAAAAGCCAAAAUACCAUUUUUCACUAUAAUAACAUCUCAAGGUAAAUUUUUAAGAUUAGGGGCACAGAAUUAUUUGAACGACCAAAUAAAAUAUAAUCAUAAACAUGUAUAUAUAUACACCUUACAGCCACAGCAUCAGACGCCGGAACAGCCAACCAAAACUCCCACGGAGCUACAGUAACCGUCGGUACCGUACCGCCGGGUUGUGAAGGCUACUGUGUCUUAUUUGAUAUUGAUACAGAUGUGGAAGACUUCUACCCCACCCCCACCAAAUACAUGUUCUCACCCGGCGAAAGUGUUAUGGUAGCAUGUUUGUAUGGUAAGGUGCAUGCUGAUGGUAAGACACUGGCUAACUAUACAUGUGAAGAUGGUGGGAAUUGGGAUCGGACUGCCUCGACUUAUGGAUGUAGUGGUAGGUUUUUGAGGGCAGGAGGGUAGGGUAGGGAAAGGUAAAGCCUUGCCUAAGGUCUACAAAGUUCAAAAGUGCAAUUUAAACUUCCAGGCUCCUCCCUAGUAUCAGCCUCCACAUCUUCUUCAUCAUCCUCAACAUGUGCAGCUCUAUCCAGUCUCGACUUGGACAACACUUUAUAUCCAGCAUCAAAUGACUCGGCCCUCAGUAGCAGUUCAUCUUCUGGCACGAUGGUAGUUCAGGUCUGUCAGAGUGGCUAUGUUUUCAGUGGCACAUCGUCGCCAAUCCAAAUCUAUACUUGUACCAACGGGCAAUGGUCAUCGAAUGUGGCCAAUGAUGAGUGUGUGGCACAGUGA